AUGGCUGAUUCAACAGAUUCAACACCGGUUACCACAGAACAAAGCACUAACGCUCCAAAAUCGAAGAAUGCUGAAAAAAAUGAGGCUAAGAGGAAAGAAAAAAUGGCUAAAUUUCUCGCAAAACAAGAAAAACUAAAGGCAGCAACGGCUACAAGUUCUGAGGGGUCAAAAAAAGAAAAAUCUAAAGCAAAAAAAGCACUUGAAUCUCAAGAAUUCGUCGAGAGCACGCCAGAAGGGGAAAAGAAAGAUAUGUCUCAGCCGAUGGCAGCAACAUACAAUCCAAGAGCAGUCGAGUCUGCCUGGUAUGCUUGGUGGGAAAAAGAAGGAUACUUUAAACCUGAAUUGGCAGCAGAUGGCAAACCUAAACCUGCUGGUCUUUUCGUAGUUCCUGCGCCACCUCCAAAUGUCACUGGCUCUUUGCAUAUAGGCCAUGCUUUGACCGUUGCCAUACAAGAUGCAUUGGUGCGAUGGUUUACUGUUUUAUUCAAUCCUGGAGUGGAUCACGCUGGUAUCUCAACUCAAUCUGUUGUUGAAAAGAAACUUUGGACUGAGAGCAAGAAAACGCGUCAUGAACUUGGUCGUGAAAAAUUCAUUGAAGAAAUUUGGAAAUGGAAAAAUUUGUACGGACAUAAGAUCACUGUUCAAUUAAAACGACUUGGUGGAUCUUAUGAUUGGGACCGUUCAGCCUUUACAAUGGAUGAAAAACUUUCAAAAGCUGUCAUAGAAACUUUUUGUCGUUUACAAGAAGAAGGAAUAAUUUACAGGGCAACACGAUUAGUCAAUUGGUGUGUGCGUCUUAACACAGCAUUGUCUAACUUGGAGGUAGAAAGUAAGGAACUAUCAGGGCGUACCUUCUUAUCAGUACCUGGAUACUCUGCGGAUGAAAAAUUCGAGUUUGGAGUUUUAACGUCUUUUGCCUAUCCCGUUGAAGAUUCGGAUGAAAAAAUUGUUGUUGCUACAACACGUCCUGAAACCAUGCUUGGAGAUACUGCUGUCGCUGUUCAUCCUCAAGAUCUACGCUAUAAGCAUUUGCAUGGUAAAUAUGUGGUCCAUCCAUUCAAUGGACGACGUAUUCCAAUUGUUACCGAUGAAAUAUUAGUAGACAUGGAAUUUGGUACUGGGGCAGUUAAGGUUACUCCCGCUCACGAUUUUAACGACUAUGAAGUUGGUAAACGGCAUAAUCUUGAAUUUACUAAUAUUCUUAAUGACGAUGGAACUAUGAACGAAAAUGGAGCGCCAUUUAAAGGAAUGAAACUAUACCAUGUUCGUCGAGCGAUAAUAGAUGCUUUAAAAGAAAAGGGUCUAUAUGUAGGAAGCAAAGAUAAUCCUAUGGUUAUCCCAAUUUGCUCUAAAUCAGGUGAUAUUGUCGAACCACUAUUGAAGCCUCAAUGGUGGGUUAAUUGCUCAAGCAUGGCAGCGGAAGCAAUAAAGGCAGUAAAAGAUGGAAAACUUCGAAUUCGCCCAUCGACCUCGGAAGCAGAAUGGUUCCGCUGGCUUGAAAAUAUUCGUGAUUGGUGUAUUUCACGUCAAUUGUGGUGGGGCCAUAGAAUCCCUGCGUAUUUUGUUAAAAUCGAAGGAAUACAACAAGAUCAAUCCGUUGAUACGUACUGGGUAUCAGGUCGUACUUUCGAAGAAGCAACUCAGAAGGCAAAAAAGAAGUUCCCUGAUGUCCAAUUUACGCUCGAACAAGAUCCAGAUGUAUUGGACACUUGGUUCUCUUCGGGAUUAUGGCCAUUUUCUAUUUUUGGGUGGCCUGAACAGACCAAUGAUUUGUCGUUAUUUUAUCCGACAUCUCUCCUUGAAACCGGAUGGGAUAUAUUAUUCUUUUGGGUGGCUCGCAUGGUAAUGCUUGGCAUUAAACUUACUGGCCAACUUCCAUUUAGUGAAGUUUUUUGUCAUGCUAUGAUUCGUGAUGCACAUGGUCGCAAAAUGAGCAAAUCUCUUGGUAACGUGAUCGAUCCAAUUGAUGUAAUGGAAGGAAUUUCCUUGGAAAAAUUACAUGCUAAGCUAUACGAAGGAAAUCUUGACCCGCGAGAAAUUGAAAAAGCGAAGGCUGGUCAAAAAGCUGAUUAUCCUAAUGGAAUUCCGGAAUGUGGAACAGACGCUUUGCGAUUCACUUUAUGCUCUUACAGUACCAAUGAAGCUCGUGAUAUCAAUCUCGAUAUAUCUCUGCUAGAAAGCAAUCGCCGAUUUUGUAAUAAACUUUGGAAUGCGACUCGCUUUGCGUUAAUGAAAUUGGGAGAUAGUUUUCAGACACAAGAAACUCCUCGGAAAACCGGCAGAGAAUCUUUAGCGGAAAGAUGGAUUUUGCACAAAUUAAAUGUAGCUGUAAUCGAAACAAACAAAGCUCUAGAUGAACGAAAUUUCAAAGAAGCUACCAGAGUAGUACAGGCAUUCUGGAGAGAUUCGCUCUGUGACGAAUGGAUUAAACCGUUCUUCUAUGCCGAUGCUGACUUGAUACGUCAAAGAUCCGCCCAAGACACUUUAUUUACAUGUUUGGAAGCAGGUCUUAAAUUACUUCAUCCAUUCAUGCCUUUUGUGUCAGAGGAACUAUAUCAACGCUUACCACGGAGAUUAGGUGAUAAUACGUCGUCUAUUAUCAAAUCCCAGUAUCCCCUGGAGCAAUCUGAAUAUGAUGAUCCAAAAGCCGAUAGUGAUUUCGAAGUAAUAUUAUCAGCAUGUGCAACAGCACGAGUAUUAAUAGACGUAUAUAAAAAGCAGAUAAAUCCCAUAAUUUAUAUAGAGAAUACCGAAAAAACACCGGAUCCGACUAUUUUUAAUACAUGCACAGAAAACAUUCGUUCUUUAAUUAAAGGAGCAAAAUCUGUCCAAGUAAUUCCGAAAGAUCAGCCACUUCCUGUAUUUACAGAGACGAGAGAGACGAUAUUAGAGAUGAAAAUCUCAAUUGGAUUCAAUUAG